UACAUAAAAUUUUUAUUACAAGCGUGAUAACAAAUUUACUGUGGGUCGGUAACGUAAAGUUUAAUAGUAUACAUAUGUACAUUAACCGUUACCAUUAGAAAUAUUAUUUACCGGAUUACUUAUCGACACUUCCCAAGUAACCUCAAUGCGAAUUUACUGCGAAUCCUAAUGCAAGUCUAUGCAAUUUUUGUGCAUAUAAAAAUGUAAUAAUUAUUUUGUACAAGAUUUGUGCAAAAUUUGUAUUAAUUUGCGUGCUUUCAAUAAAUUAGCACAUAAAAUCCACUAGACUAUCACAAAUUAAUUGGUACAAAAUUAGUACAAAGGAAUAAGUGAAUAUUUAGUGCGUAUUUGGUGGCACUAAAUUCUCAUCAGUUUCCUUGCACUAAAUUCAUACAUAAUUCAUACCCGGGAAGUUGUACAAGUCCAAAUGUAGUAAACAGGUGCCAGAAUAUUCGCACAAAAUUCGUAUUAAUUAAUCUGCAAUAUUUUUGUACUAAAUUAGUAUCAUUUGUCCAUUUUCCAUUAAAUAAAUGAAGCACGAGUCAGUUAUUGCUUUUGCCACGCCGUAAAAUCAACUCAAGAAUUUCUUAUCCACUUUUAAUUUCCAACGGAAGAGAUUUUUACAUUUACGAUCGAUCCUAUGUCGGACAAUUUAAAGCAGUUCGUAUUAUUCGAGUUUGAGGUCGACAAAGGGGUGGAAAUUGUGCCGUCGACCUGUAUUUCAAAGGAUAGAACUCGGUGCAAGUUUCCUAAUCCGAUCCCAAAAGGGUUUUCAAGUUUCCAAAGCGACCCGCAUGCCCUCCCGGAAAAGGAUUGGACGACUUGCGGCAUAAUAUAUGUCGCAACAUACGGUAAUUUUAUAUUGUUAGCUAAUUUUACUUUAAGAUAUAUUCGGCUUAUUUAUUCAACCAUGAUUAAUUUAAUUUAUAGAUUCAUACGACAAGGCCACCAAAAAAUUGAAAAAGUACAUUAAGAAUAAACCCAUCGAGUCCAGUGACAACGACAAGCCAAGAAAGCGUCGCCCUAAAGCAUUUGCAGAAGAGCCUGAGGUGAAUAGCUUAGUGGCCCCUGGGACAAAUUUAUAUUCCGAAGGUAAUUAAAAUAUACAAAGUUAUGUUCAAAAUUAUGUAGUUAAAAACAACAUUUGAUUCUCGAUCUGAUACUUUUGUGGUUAUCCCUAGUUGUUUAACAUGUGUAUAUUUAUAGUGAAUGACACCGUCGCCGGCAACCCCACAACGGAAGAAGUGAGUAGCGACACUCCACAAGUUCAACUCAUUCAGUUAGAACUGGAUCCACGGAUUGACUCUCUACUAAUAGAGUUCAGGAGUAAUGCAACAUUGAUUACUUUAAAAAAAAUUAAACAUCCUAAUCUUUUGUGUGUAUGUACAUAGAAUUUCAGGAGGAAUCGUUGAGAAAUCAGCACUGGAAGAGCUGGAGAAUAUUGAAACGUUACUGGCAAAUGAAACCUACUAUAACCAAGAGGUUGCGCUCCUUUCCAGGAAGGGUGGACAAUCGGUGUCUAAGGACGUGUACGACAUAUUAAAAUCAAUGAUUACGAAUGACCUUCGUACUAAAAUCCGGUACACUGCUAAGAGUAACAAAAUUCCCUUUGCCAGUCGACUUGCAGCUAAUCUACUUAGAGGUCUCAUAUUUUUAUUUAUGAUUAGUCAAUGAAAAAUAUAGCCUUAUUGAUCAUGUUUGCAUAUAUAUACAACAGAUUCUGUUAAAGCUGGAAAUCCAGGCCCUUCUGUAAAAGACUCAAUAAUCAAUCAUCACAUUGGGUGCUGGUUUCGAAUGAAAGUUAUUUCGACCGAAAAUGUUGACAUCACGACAAACGCAGAAACGUCGGGCGGAGAAAUGGCUUCAACUAGCACUGAAGCGGAUACGGAUAGAUUUUCCCCAGUCUCAAAUACCGCCGACAACACCAUCGCCGGAUCAAAUAGUCAGUAAUGAUAAUGAUGAUAAUAGUGAAGGGGUAGGCGCUCUAAAUAAUAUUAAGUUAAAUGAUACCGAAUUAGUUAGUCUGAGUAGUAUUAGUGAUACUAACAGCUCAUGUAAAGAUGAAUUGCACAUUGUGGAGAAAAAUAUUUCAAAAUCAUGGCAGCUUGGCAAAUGGGCAACGGGUUUUAAUAUUAAUCAUAAUGCAUUGUCACCACUUUUGGGACUACUUAGGGAUUGGUUGCCAUUGGAAGGUUUUCCAAAGGAUCCACGAACCUUAUUGAAAACGGACAGAAAUAUUAGGGCUGUCGAAAUAGAAGGUGGAUUAUUUCAUCAUUUUGGACUAACUUCGCAGAUUAUCAAAAUUGUACAACGCGUAAAAUUAUCAAAAACUCGAUCCCCAAUUUUUCGAGACAUAAAAAAUUUAAUUUCAAUUAAAGUUGGCGUAGACGGGCUUCCCAUUUCCAAAAGUUCAAACCAACAAUUUUGGCCAAUUCUUGGUAAAAUUGAUCAAGAUCCUUCCUCAACUAUAUUUGUUAUUAGCUUAUUUUAUGGAUCCCAAAAACCUCAAUCAAUCGAGUCGUUCUUACACCCUUUCGUUACCGAAAUGCAGGGUCUGGAAGCACACGGCUUAGAAAUUGGAAACAUUAAUUACGUUAUUCGGAUAAGCUGCAUCACAGCAGAUGCACCUGCAAGAAGUUUUUUGAAACAAAUAAAUGCGCAUAACGCAUACUUUGGUUGUGAACGUUGCUAUAGACGUGGAACUUAUAAAAAUUCAAGAAUUCUUUACCCAAUAAAGAAGGAAUGUGAUCUUUAUACAGAUCAAUCAUUUAAAGAACGCUGGUAUGAGUCACAUCAUAAAUCAAUUAACCCUUCUCCAUUAGAGAUUCUGUCAAUAGGAAUGAUUUCUCAGAUUCCUCUUGACUAUAUGCAUUUGUGCUUACUAGGCACUAUGAAAAAGUUACUUCUUGUUUGGACUGAGGGCAAGAAACCACAUAAAUUGUCAAAUCUCCAGAAAUCAAUAGUUUCUAAUCGAAUUAUCUCCUUCGGAACUCAAAUCCCUUGUAACUUUUCGCGUAAAUGUAGAAGUCUUCAAGACUUAAGGCAUUGGAAGGCAACAGAAUUUCGAUUAUUUUUACUUUACGUUGCUCCUGCUGCUCUCAGGAAGGUUCUGGACGAUAAAAAGUAUCAGCACUUUUUAUUAUUUCAUACUGCAAUCUAUAUUUUUGUAUCAAAUUGCACAAAAAAACCCGAUUGGGUUGCUUUUGCACAAAAAUUAUUAGAUAAUUUUGUGGAGCAAAUCCCAAAACUGUAUUAUCCUGAGUUGAUGAUUUAUAAUAUGCAUAGUUUGUUGCAUGUAAAACUGGAUGUCGAGAGUCACGGCUCCUUGGACAAUUACAGUGCAUUUGAAUUCGAAAAUUUUAUGCAAACUAUAAAAAGAAUGAUUCGAUCCAACUCAUCCCAUCUGAGUCAAGUAAUUCACCGGGUAGGUGAAAUAGAAUCAUUUUCAUCUGCAGUCGAAAAAACUAGUUUACGAAAUAGUGGACCGAGUACAAAAAGUGGUGACAAUGUUUGGCUAACUGUUGAUAAACGAUAUUGCAUACUAACUAAUAAGAUAUCUGACAGUGAGUUCGAAGCCAAGGUUUUUAAAAGUCGACUAGACGUGGAACAAUAUCCUUGCAAAAGUUCUAAGUUAGAUAUUUGCAUUUUAUGUGACAUUGCUCAGGAAUACAUUUUAAUUUCACCUGUCUCUUUGCGCCGUAAAUCAUUAACACACAAUUAG